AUGGAUCUGGAGAAACAGGCCGAGACAAAUAUUGAGCCAAAGGCCGAAACCAAAGAUCCCAACCUAGUCGACUAUGACGGCCCCGACGACACAGAAAACCCCUUCAACUGGCCGACAUGGAAAAAAGGCCGUCAGCUGGUUCUGAUGGCCUUCAACACUUUCAUAACACCAUUGGCCUCAUCAAUGUUCACCCCGGGAAUCAGCGACGUGAUGAAAGAAUUCAAUGUCACCAGUAGCAUGCUGGGAUCAUUUGUCGUCUCGGUCUAUAUCCUGGGGUAUUGCUUCGGACCUUUUUUGAUCGCGCCUCUUUCGGAGAUAUAUGGCCGUGUCGCGUUAUACCACAGCUGCAACCUACUUUUCCUCAUUUUCACCAUCGCCUGUGCUGUCGCCCAGUCCAUGCCACAGCUGAUCGUGUUCAGAUUGCUGGCUGGUAUGGCGGGCGUGUGUCCUUUGACAAUCGGCUCUGGUACUGUGGCUGAUAUGGUCCCCAAGGAGAAGCGCGCAGGCAUCAUGGCCAUCUGGGCUAUGGGGCCCAUUCUUGGUCCCGUCGUUGGCCCCGUCGCGGGCGGCUUUCUGGCUGAAGCGGAGGGAUGGCGCUGGGUGUUUUGGGUUAUUGCCAUUGCAACCGGGGUGAUGAUGAUCCUGACGAUCAUCUGGUAUCGGGAAUCAUACGGACCAGUCGUCCUCGAGCGCAAAGCGGCUCGUCUCCGCAAAGAAACCGGCAACCCAGACCUUCGAUCAGUCCACGACGUAGGUAAACUCGACAUGCGACUCUUCAUGACAGCGCUAGCACGCCCAAUCAAACUGCUCUUCGGCUCCCCAAUCGUCUUCCUCAUGGCCCUGUUCGCUGCCACAACAUACGGAUACCUCUACCUGAUGUUCACAACCAUCACCUCCAUUUUCGAAAGCAAGUACGGCUUUUCCCCAGGCGUGGCAGGCCUCGCAUACCUCGGUUUCGGUAUCGGAUGUAUGAUCGGCCUAGUCACCACUGGAAUCGUCGCCAACAACAUCGCCAAGAACCACGUGAAACGAGGCUGUUUCAGACCCGAAUCACGUCUGCUGCCUAUGAUGGUGGGAUGCUGGUUCAUGCCCGUUGGCCUGUUCUGGUAUGGCUGGUCAGCCCAGGCGGGUGUUCACUGGAUUGUGCCAAUCUUGGGAACGGGCGUUUUCGCCAUUGGUCUUAUGACUGUGUUUAUGUCUGCUAGUACUUAUCUGGUUGAUUCGUAUCUGCGCUAUGCGGCCUCGGUCACGGCUGCGAACACGGCGUUGAGAUCGUUGAUUGGGGCUCUGUUGCCACUUGCGGGACCGUCGAUGUAUGAAGCUCUUGGGUUGGGAUGGGGUAAUUCCUUGUUGGCGUUUAUUGCGCUGGCAAUGUGCUCGGUUCCGUUCCUCUUCUGGAAGUAUGGGGCGAUGAUUCGGACACAUCCGCGAUUCCAAGUGAAGUUGUGA